AUGGGAAUCGAGCUCACAGGAAAGGAGCUUCAGAGUCUAACAGAUAACCUAUCAGUUGAUGGUAAUGGGAAGGUUGAUUUUGAUAAGUUGAUGGAUGGAGUAAAAACUCUUACAGGAGGGGAGAUUGAUGUCAGUGUUGUGGGAAAUAGUCUAGGAAACAUGGGAUUAGAGCUCACAAAAAAGGAAUGGUUGACACUGCUGAAAAAUCUACCAAUAAAUGCAGAUGGAAAGAUCUAUCAAAAUAGGCUAAUGGAUUCUGUUAAGUCUCUUAAAGGAGGAAUGGUUGAUGUCAACAAGCUGGACAUAGUUCUGGGAAAUAUGGGCAUGAGCCUCACAGAAGAGGAACUUAAAGAUCUGACACAGAAUCUUCCAGAAAAUGUUGAUGGAAAAGUUGAUAUAAAACAGGUAAUGGAUGCAGUGAAAUCUUUCACAGGUGAAAAGGUUGAUAUCGAUAACUUGGAAAAUGUACUGAAAAAUAUGGGGAUUGAACUCGCUGAUCCGGAAUAUACAAAGCUGGUGAAAGCACUGCCCAUUAGGGAUGAUGGAAAGGUGUAUCAAAAUAGGAUAUUAGAGGCUCUGAAGUCUUUAAAAACUAGUGGAAAAGUUGAUCUGAGUAAAGUGAUGGAUGGAGUGAAAGCUGUUACAGGAGAAAAGGCUGAUCUCAAUGAUGUGAAAACUGUUCUGGAAAACAUGGGGAUAGAGCUCAAAGAUAAAGAAUGCUUGGACCUGAUGAAACAUCUUCUUUCUAAGGAUGAUGACAAGAUCUUUCAAAACAGGUUGCUAGAAGUUGUGAAGUCUCUAAAAGAUGGGAAAGUCAAUGUCAACGACUUGAAUGCUAUACUGGAUAAUAUGGGAAUCAAGAUCUCAGAUAAGGAACUUAAGGUUCUGACUAAAAAUCUCCCUGCUGAUGGUGAGAAGAUUGAUUCUAGUGACUUGAAAAAUUUCCUGGGAAGCCUGGGGAUUAAGCUCACAGAUAAGGAAAAAGAGAAGCUGCUGAAAACACUGCCAGUUGAUGCUGCUGGAAAGGUAUAUCAAAAUGGGUUGCUGAAGGCUAUGAAAUCUCUCAAAGGGGGGAAGGUUCGUGCAAAUGACCUGGAAAACACUCUAAAAAAACUGGGAAUUGAGCUCACAGAAGAGGAACUUACAAAGCUGUCAGAAAACCUACAAAUUGAUGCUAAUGGGAUGGCUGGUCUGAAAGAGGUGAUGGAUGGAGUAAAAGCUACUACAGGAGGAGAGGUUGAUGCCAAAGACGUGAAAACUAUUCUGAAAAACAUGGGAUUAGAGUUCACAGAUAAGGAACGUUUGAAGCUGAUGAAAAAUCUGCCUUUCAAUGAUGAUAACAAGGUCUUUAAGAACAGAUUGCUAGAAGGUGUGAAGUCUCUUAAAGGCGGGAAGGUCAAUAUCGACAACCUGGACACCAUUCUGAACAACCUGGGGAUCAAGCUUGCAGAUACUGAACUUAAAGAUCUGGCUGAAAACAUGCAUGUUGGUGUUGAUGAGAAAAUUCCUCUAGAAACACUGAUGGAAAACAUCACAGAUUUUACAGGUGAGAAGAUUGAGUCAAGUGAUCUAAAAAAUGUUCUGAGAAAUCUCGGAAUUGAGCUUGCAGAUAAGGAACUAGAGAAGAUGCUGAAAAUACUGCCAGUUGAUGCUAAUGGAAAGUUAUAUCGUAAUAGAUUACUGAAGGCUAUGAAGUCUCUCAAUGAUGGGAAGAUGAAAAAGAAUAAACUGCAUACUAAUUUGGAAAAUAUGGGAUUGAGACUCACAGAAGAGGAAUUUGCUGAAUUGUCAGGACAACUACAAGUUGAUGCGAAUGGGAAUGUUGAUCUGCCUAACUUGAUGGAAGCAGUGAAAGCUAUUACAGGGAAGGUUGACAUCAAGAACCUGGAAACUGUUCUAGGCAACAUGGGAAUCAAGCUCACUGACAAAGAACUUGCAGAUCUGAAACAAAACCUGCCUGUCAGUGUUGGUAAUAAAGUUGCUCUGAAAACUUUGAAGGAUGAAGUGAAAGCUUUUACAGGAGAAAAGAUUGAUUCCAGUGACCUACAAAAUAUUCUGAAAGACAUGGGGAUUGAGCUUACAGAUAUGGAGCACAAGCAUCUGCUGAAAACACUGCCCAUUGAUGCUCAUGAAAAGGUGUUUCAAAACAGGUUGCUGAAGGAUGUGAGAUAUAAUAAAAGAGGGAAGGUUGAUGUAAAUAACCUGGAUCCUGUUUUAGAAGCCAUGGAGGUCAAGCUUACAGAACAGGAACUCAGUCUGAUAAAGGAUCUUCUGAGUGGCUAUAAGAAAGUUGAUCUGAAAAACCUGAUGGAUAAGGUAGAAGCUGUUACAGGAGAGGAAGUUGAUAUCAACGACAUAGGAACAGUUCUAAGAAACAUGGGAAUAGAACUCACAGAUAAAGAACUCUCACAACUGGUGAAAAAUCUGCCAGUUGAUAAUGGAAAGGUCUACCAGAGAAGGUUGCUGGAUGGUAUAAAGUUUCUUAAAGGAGGGAAGAUUGACUCCAAUAAAGUGGAUGCAGUUUUGGGAAACAUGGGCAUGGACCUCACUGAAAAGGAGCUUAAAGACAUAACACAAAACCUGCCAGUUGAUGGAGGCAACGUUGAUGCUAAUAAACUUGAAAGUAUUUUGGAAAACUUGGGGAUUGAGCUCACACCUAAUGAACGUUUGAAUUUAGUGAAGACACUGCCACUUAAUGCUGAUGGAAAAGUGUAUCAAAAAAGGUUGAUGAAGGGCAUAAAGUCUCUCAAACAAGGCAGUGUUGAUGUCAACAAGCUGGACACUCUUUUAGAAAACAUGGGAAUCAGCAUCAAAGAAAAAGAAUUCAUGGAUCUGAUAGAAAGACUGCCAGAUGCUGAUAAAGGGAAGAUCAAACUAAAUACAUUGAUAGAAGAAUUGAGUACUGCUUUAGGAGAGCAGAUAGACAUCAGUGAUGUAUAUGAUGUUCUGAAAGACAUGAAAGUUGAGGUCACAGACAAGGAAUACUUUAAUUUAGUAAAAACUCUACCAGUUGAUGCUGAAGGAAAAGUGUAUCAAAAAAGGUUGCUGGAUGGUGUGAAGACUCUUAAAAGAGGAAAGGUUGAUAUCAAUAACCUGGACACAUUUCUGGAAAAUAUGGGGAUUAAGCUCUCACAUAAAGAACUUGAAGAUUUUUCACAAACCCUACCAGUUGAUGUUGAUGGGAAGGUUGAUCUGGAAAAUGUGACACUGAAAAUGAAAGAUUUUACAGGAGAAAAGAUUGAUGCCACUAAUCUGAAAAACAUUCUUGGAGACAUGGGGAUAGAAGUCAAUGAUAAGGAAUGUCUUGAUCUACAAAAAUCGCUACCAGUUGAUGAUGAUCAGAAAGUUUUUCGGAAUAGAUUGCUAUCAACUUUGAAGUCUUUCAAAGGAGGAAAGAUUGAUGUCAACAACCUGAACACAGUUCUGGGGAACAUGGGGAUCAAGCUCAAAAAUAAGGAACUUAAAAGUGUGAUACAAAAUCAACCUAUGGAUGCUGAUGGAAAUGUUUCUCUGAAAAAAGUGAUGAGUGAUGUGACAGCAGUUACAGGAGAAAAAGUUAAUGUCAAAGAUCUGAAAAAUAUUUUGGAAGACAUUGGGAUAGAGUUCACACCUAAAGAAUACCUGGAACUGGUAAAAAAUCUUCAAGUUGAUGAUUCAUUGGAGGGUAAAAAUCAAAGUUAUCUCUAA